GCAUUUCGUGUUUUUGAUUUGGCGUCAGCUCGUUCAAUCAACGAUAAUGGCUCGAUCAACUUUGUGAAAUCGCUAGUGCUGUUUGAUUUUAUGGGAAACAAAUUAGACUCGUCGAAUAAGUUGGAGAUUUCGAUGAAAAAUGGACAAGAAAAUACCCAAGAUAAAGCGAGAUAAGGUGCCCGAAAGAGACAAUGAUGUGUCCAACUCGAGUUCCAUCAGCAUUACAGGACCUACUAUUCCUCAAAGACCAUACAAAUUAGCUCAUCAAAUAUUGAGCUUAACUGGAAUCAAUCUUCAAACAAAGAGUGUUAUUGGAUUUGUGGAGUUGACAUUAUUGCCCCAGAAAGAAUUCCGACAAGUCUUUCUGAAUGCAAAACAAUGCAGAAUAUAUAAAAUCACCCUUAACGAUAAUGUGGAACUACAGUUUCAAUAUUUCGAUCCAACCCAAGAAAUCUGCUCAGAUUCCUCCACAAAAAGUCUUGAUGCUUUCACACCAGCACAUCAGGAAGCGGUAUCUUCCACUGAUCCUGAUGCAAAUUUGGGUGAACUUGUUAUCAGAAUACCUCCAGAAGCACAGCAUCUGAUGACAGAGGGCCGUUCACUAAGAAUUGGUAUCGAAUUUUCUCUGGAACAACCUGCAGGUGGGCUUCAUUUUGUUGUGCCUGCUGGAGAAGGGACUUUAGCAGAGCGAUGCGCCCAUAUGUUUUCUUACGGCUGGGAGAACUCAGCACGAUUGUGGUUUCCUUGCAUCGACUCAUAUUCAGAGGUUUGUACGUGGAAACUCGAGUUCACUGUAGAUGCUUCCAUGACGGCCGUCUCGUGCGGUGACUUGACGGAGGUAGUCUACACCCAAGACCUUCGACGAAAAACAUUUCACUACGUUCUUUCCAUGCCGACUGCGGCACCUAAUAUCGGACUAGCUGUUGGACCAUUUGAAAUUUUAGUGGAUCCGUACAUGCAAGAAUUGACUCAUUUUUGCCUUCCUCCGCUGAUGCCUUUUCUGCGUUCAACAGCUCGUUACGUACAUGAAACUUUUGAGUUCUACGAAGAGCUACUUGGUACCCGAUACCCAUAUUCGUUUUGCAAAACUGUAUACGUCGAUGUAGCCUCCAAGGAUUGCAGUUCCUUUUCAACUUUAUCCAUCAUGAACAUGGAACUUUUACAAUCUACUCCCUACCUGGAGCAGACGUACGCUUCGCGAAACGUGAUUUCUAUUUCCGUAGCCGAACAGUUCUACACGUGCUUUAUUUCCCGCCAGGGUUGGAAUGAUGCUUGGCUGACGCAAGGCAUUUCGUCCUAUUUAUCCGGACUUCAUUUCAAGAAACUCUUUGGAAACAAUGAAUACCGACAUUGGAUUCACCAGGAGCUGGAUGAAGUCAUCAAAUACGAGGAAGAAGUUGGUGGAAUCAUUCUAGAUGCCAGUAAACCGCCUGGUAGUGCUGUUCCUACCUCAGGAGGCGGCCAACAGCCCAUCCGCAGUCCAGAUUCGUUUCAUUUUUGGCCCCAUUCGGCCCACACAGUAACUCCACGACACGCCAGAAUGAUGCGGAAGAAGGCUCACCUGGUAUUGCGGAUGCUGGAGUUGCGAAUCGGUCAACCACUUUUGAUCCAGGUGUUUAAUAAGCAGCUCUCACUUGCGGUUCAAGCGUCGCAGCAGAAAUGCCAAGCCAAUCAAUGGGGCGCCAUGUUGAUAUCGACCGCCACUUUUGCCAAGGCUAUUUUCACUGUGACGGGCAAAGACAUUGGCGUUUUUGUUGAUACCUGGGUCCGCCAAGGAGGCCAUGCUCGAUUUCAGCUCAGUUUUGUUUUCAAUCGAAAAAGGAACACGGUCGAGUUGGAGAUUCGACAGGAUGCGGCUAGCGGAGCUCAACCGGCGCGAGGUCUACGUCGUUACGUAGGGCCUCUGGUCGUGGCAUUGCAGGAACUCGACGGCACUUUCCGUCACACCUUGCAAAUUGAGUCCUCGGUUGCCAAAAACGAUCUCACUUGCCACUCGAAAUCCCGACGAAACAAGAAAAAGAAGAUUCCGUUGUGCACAGGAGAAGAGGUCGACAUGGAUCUCUCAGCCAUGGAUGCCGAUUCGCCUGUUUUGUGGAUACGUCUGGAUCCGGACAUGUCACUGCUGAGGGCAGUUGAAAUCUCCCAGCCGGAUUACCAAUGGCAGUACCAACUUCGUCAUGAAAGAGACGUAACUGCACAGAUGGAAGCCGUUAUGGCACUGGAGCGUUUCGCCACUCCGGCCACCCGUUUGGCGCUGACAGACAUAAUCGAAAAUGAGAAUUGUUUUUACAAAGUCCGUUGCGAUGCCGCCUAUUGUCUUGCGAAAGUGGCUAAUGGAAUGGUGUCAAGCUGGGCAGGACCUCCCGCUAUGCUCAUGAUUUUUCGCAAACUGUUCGGUUCGUUUUCGUGCCAGCACAUUGUUCGCCAAAAUAACUUUGCCAACUUUCAGCACUACUUUUUGCAAAAGACUAUUCCUGUCGCCAUGGCACAGCUCAGGAAUGCUUUAGGUGUCUGCCCCCAGGAAGUUUUACGAUUCCUUUUAGAUUUGUUCAAGUAUAAUGACAACACGAAGAAUCGCCUGUCAGAUUGCUGGUACCGAGCCGCGCUGAUCGAGGCUCUGGGCAACACCGCUUCGCCCGUGGUUGCCGUUGUUGCGCAGUCAGCAGCGGCGUUGACCCCGGAAUCCGUGACUAAGGAGACACACCAAGUGCUGGAAGAAGUGGCUAGAGCUCUAAACUUGGAAAAGCUUUUGCCUACUUACAAGUUUGCGGUGACAGUCGGAUGUUUGAAAGCGAUCCGCAAGCUGCAGAAAUGUGGGCAACUGCCCAGCAAAUCGGAUUUGUUCAAAAGCUACGCCCAGUACGGGCAGUUCCAUGAUGUUCGUGUGACAGCCCUUGAAGCUUUGGUAGAAGUUGUCAAAGCAGAUUCCCGCAUGACAGACUGGGAAUUUCUUCUUGAAAUAAUCGAAAACGAUCCUGAGCCUCGAGUUAGGCACGAGCUGUUGACACUUCUGGCCAGCAAUCCGCCGUUUGAGCGUGGUAGAGGCAGUCGAUUGGACAUUAUUCCCGUAAUGGAACGUCUGUGGAAGCUAAUGAAUGUUGAAUUAUCGCACGAUGCUAUGCUUCGAAAUGAUGUCGUUGACCUGUACAACUGCCUCUAUGGUCGCCGUAAGCCUCCUUGCCUAUCCGGCGCCAUGUAUCAACGAGUGGCUGAAGCUCCACCCACCGCUUUGGAGAGCGCUGAAAUUCCUGGGUUGACCCACCGCGACAGCUUAUCUCAUAUGGAUAUGGAAGUCAGCGUUCCAGGCUCGGGAUUCGGCGAAGACGGAAUGUCCGUUGCUUCUGUGGAAGUAGUGGCCGGCAUACCCAAGGAAGUCUUGAUUACCCAAACAGUUACCGAUACGGAAUCCACCACGUUGGAUAUCGGUGGCUUCUCGGAUACCUCGCAAUCGCUGCCCGGACUAGGUGUUGAUGGCCUUAAGAAGUUAAAACGGAAGAAGGAAAAGAAAAAGCACAAGCAUAAACACAAACACAAGCACCACCGUGAAAAGAAGGAAAAAGAAAAGGCGGACAAAGAUCGCCACAAGGAAGAUGUGACGGCAUUGAGUUCCGAAAGCUCGGGACCUCCCUCACCCGAUAUGGGACUUACAUUUUAAAAAUUGUGUGUUCUUUUUUUGUUUUUUAUUAUGAAAUUGAAAAAAAAAAAAAAUAAUAAAAUCUUUCAUUAAAU